CGGUCGGUCCCAUCAAAAUCCAUCCUCCGCGGCCGCGGAAGCUCGCUCGACUCGACGCCGCGACGCUUCCCACGUUCCAGUUUUCCACGACACGCCCGGGGCUCCUCGGUGCCCUUUCCCCUCGCCCCCUACCGACACCGACCCCGACCCAUGGGCGGUGGCGCCGACCGCUCGGCGCCGGUGCGCGCCGAGGAGUCCGUCUCCGGCGGCGUCGACGUCUGGAGCGACGCCGUCUCCUCCCACGCACCGGACCACCUCCUCGUCAUGGUCCACGGCAUCCUCGGCAGUACUGCUGAUUGGCAAUAUGGAGCUAAUGAAUUUGUAAAGCAACUCCCUGACCAUGUAAUCGUGCACUGCAGUGAAAAAAAUGCAUCAAUGUUGACUCUAGAUGGAGUUGACGUCAUGGGGGAACGCUUAGCAAAUGAGGUGCUUGAUGUAAUUAGUCGAAGGCCAGAAAUCACCAAAAUUUCUUUCCUUGCACACUCCGUUGGAGGAUUAGCAGCAAGAUAUGCAAUUGCAAGACUUUAUAGACAUCCAGACAGCGUGUCUGAUGGAAAUACUAAAGGAACCAUCUGUGGCUUGGAAGGAAUAAACUUUAUUACUGUAGCAACGCCUCACCUUGGUUCACGAGGGAACAAGCAGGUUCCACUCCUGUUUGGAUCUGUUGCAAUGGAAAAGGUUGCUUGCCACAUCGUUCAUUGGAUAUUUAGGAGAACCGGUAGACAUCUCUUUCUAACUGACGAUGAUGAAGGGCUGCCUCCACUGCUGCAGCGGAUGGUUGAAGAUCAUGACGAUCUCUACUUUAUAUCUGCUUUGCGAGCAUUCAGAAGGAGAGUGGUGUACGCAAACGCAGACUGUGAUCACAUUGUUGGCUGGAGAACAUCAUCUAUUAGAAGAAACAAUGAGCUUCCUGAGUUGCCAGUAUCGUCAUCUGACAAGUACCCCCACAUUGUACAUGAGGAGCAUUCAGAAGAAACCGAUGAUGAUAAGUGGCAAGAUUGCAUGGCAGAAUGUGAUAUGGACGUUCUGGAAGAGAAGAUGGUGACGGGGCUUGGAAAGGUGUCGUGGGAGAAGGUGGACGUGAGCUUCCACAGCAGCAUGACGAGCUUCGCGGCGCAUAGCAUCAUUCAGGUGAAGUACGCGUUCAUGAACGAGGGAGCGGAUGUGAUACAGCACAUCAUAGACCACUUCCAGCUCUAGAGAAUUUUAUUCCUCUUCCCCGGUGCGGUGGCCAAAAAAAAUGCAUGGAACCGCACGAGGAGAGCAUGCAUACACGGAUGGAGAGCCAUGGAGGUGCAGUGCAGCAGAGUGUGUGCAGAGGCUGCUAGCUAAAGCUUGUUGGGCGGGCGGGCUGGCUGGCUGACUUGACUGGCUGGCUGCGCUGUGUAACAGUGCGUUGUCUAUGUUUUUGUUUGUGCUACGUACACAAUUAAAGAUGAUGAGAAAAAAAAAAUCGUUGAUGCC